AUGUAAUAAGUUAAAUAUCCAUAAUUUGAUAUUUAAUCUUCAAACUAAUUAGAAAAUCUAUAGCAAUAAUUAAUCCAAAAUACUAAAUAGGAUAUUAAAUAUUUACCAGUUUAGCCACAAUAUAAUCUUAAUUUACAAUAAUAAUAAUUAGUAUCACUCCCUUAUUCAAAAUAAAUAAAUACUUAACAAAACUAUUACAACCUCGAUCAACUACCUUAAUCUACCAAUUCAUAUUUAUUGAAAGAUUCAGAUUUCUUAACUUAAAAGUUCUUUUUAAGUAGUAUUUUAGGAAUGUUCAUAUUUUGGACAUUUCUAUUUGUCUUAAUCUUUUUUAUAAUGAUGAUUUUGUUUGGAAGAAAUCUAUAUGAACAUUAAAAUGCCUAUCCUUAUUGUUUUGCUGCAAGUGUUAUUAUUUUGAUUUUUCUAGUAAAAAUAGGGUCUAUGGAAAAGUUUAGAUAAGUAAUUAAUCUCAAUAUAUUUAUUAGACAGAAUUGACAUUUCUAAUAUAUUUUGGAUCUAUAAUUGCAUAUACAUUAACAUUCUUUUUUAUUAUUGCUUCCUUUUCUACAGAUCCUAGUAUUGAAAUGUCAGGUAAUGAAAGAUAUUUAGAAUAUAUUAGGUGCUUUUAUUGCUGGAUUAUUAUUAAUUAUUCCAUUAUUCUCUAAUUUUAUGGUUACAAUCAUUUUGUUAAUGUAUGUAUUAAUAGAAACUAAGUAAUUCAGAUAUUUUAGUAAGUUUUUCAAUUUAAAUUUGAUAGGGGUUUUCUUUUUUGAAUUUUUGUGUGUAUUACCUUUUGCUAUUAUUUAAAUUUAAUAUAUAAUUAGUUUAGUAAUCAUAUUACCAUAUACAUGUUUAUUGAUAAAUGUCUUAAAAUAAAUUCAACUAGGAAGAGUAAGUUUAUAAAAUAAAUAAUUAGUUUAAUUUAAGUAAAGAUUAAGUACUUAGAGGCACUUUGGCUGCCUAUUAUGGAAUAUUUGUGCCUAUUGUUUUAUUUGAUUGA